GAGUGUCACGAGCUAAAGAAGAGCACCACGCUAUCAAUGGCGUCUCCGCGAGUGUUCACCACGCACCAUCGACCUCCUCUUCUCCCCUCAUCCCUCUCCUCAACCCCUCUAACAUCCCUACCACGAUUCGUCAAAAGCCCUAACAAACGAACUCCAAUCCAAUCCGUCCUCCAAUUCAACCGCAAACCCCAGCUCGCCGGCGAAACCCCGCGAAUCGUCGUCAUAACCUCCGGAAAAGGCGGCGUCGGAAAAACAACAACCACCGCGAACGUAGGCCUCUCCCUCGCUCGCUACGGCUUCUCCGUCGUCGCGAUCGACGCCGACCUCGGCCUCCGCAACCUCGAUCUCCUCCUCGGCCUCGAGAAUCGCGUCAACUACACAGUCGUCGAGGUCCUCAACGGCGACUGCCGCCUCGACCAGGCUCUCGUGCGCGACAAGCGCUGGUCCAACUUCGAAUUGCUAUGCAUCUCGAAACCUAGAUCGAAGCUCCCCAUGGGAUUCGGAGGCAAAGCGCUGGAAUGGCUCGUCGACGCGUUGAAAACGAGGCCGGAAGGAUCUCCGGACUUUAUAAUCAUCGAUUGCCCCGCGGGGAUCGACGCAGGGUUUAUAACCGCCAUCACUCCCGCGAAUGAGGCGGUUUUGGUGACCACGCCGGAUAUAACGGCGCUUAGGGAUGCAGAUAGGGUCACGGGGCUGUUGGAGUGCGAUGGGAUUAGGGAUAUUAAGAUGAUUGUGAAUAGAGUUAGGACUGAUAUGAUUAGAGGGGAGGAUAUGAUGUCUGUGUUGGAUGUGCAGGAGAUGCUUGGUUUGUCGUUGCUUGGGGCUAUUCCUGAGGACUCUGAGGUGAUUAGGAGCACGAAUAGGGGGUUUCCGCUUGUGUUGAAUAAGCCUCCGACGCUUGCGGGGUUGGCGUUUGAGCAGGCGGCGUGGAGGCUUGUGGAGCAGGAUAGUAUGAAGGCUGUUAUGGUGGAGGAGGAGCCUAAGAAACGUGGCUUCUUCUCUUUCUUUGGUGGUUAAAUGGAACUGAACUGGAACGGAAACUGGACUUCCUCGGGUAUGUUAUGCGUCAAAUUGUUUGUACAGGAAGUAGAUUUUUUUUUUUUGAAGAUUUUGUCUUGGAAUUUAGAUUUGUUCGUAAGGACAUUUGGAGUUCAAUUGCUAGUUUGUUGCUGAGUUUAUGCUUUGAUUCAAUGGCUUUAUCUUUCUUCAAGUUCUUGUGUUCUGUAUCUGUUUAUGUAAAAUUGAGAUUUUCCAAUUUAUCUGAUGCUUAUGUGC